AUGGACGACAGACUUGCGGUUGAAAUGGGGCUCCUUAAGUGCCAGGGCAAGACGCCCGAGGCAACUAUGGCAUCAGCCCUGUACACGGACGUGAAACGGAAGCUUCACAAAUCGUUAUUCACAAGGCCGCAGGAAGGACUCUUUGGGUUGCGGGAGUGGCUUGAAGAGCGCUAUUACCCGGAAGGCUGGGUUGGUCCACCUGAUGGGCUUGGCUUGGCGCCUUUUAAGCGUCGAAACAACACCGGCGCACACCAGGGGGGCCCGUCUGCAGCAGCCUCUGCGUCAAAAGCAGGGCGUCAAGGGGUGCGCACUGGGCCGGGUCGGUCAUCCAAGUCGCGGGCGUCGCGCUCCUGGCGUUCUGCCUCCAGCGACGCGGAGGACGACGACAUGCUCGAGGACGAUGACGACGACAUGGUUAUGGCGGGGGGCCGCGCGUACCCGGGCGGCUCUGCAGCAGCGCACGCGGGCGGCUCUGCAGCAGGGAUGGCCGGCCACGGGGAGGACGAGGAUGUGGAUGAGGCGAUGGGUGAAGGGGAGGACGUUGACAUGGAUGAGGAGGGCGAUGGUGGAGACGAUGGAGCGGCGGAUGAGGGUCAGGAAGAGCAGGGCAGCGAUCGGCGAGUUGGGUACGAAGAGUUAGGCGGUGGUGGAGCUGGUUUGGAUGAGCAGCGUCAUGUAAAGGACGUGGGUUCCGCUCGGGGACAUCCACAGCCGGCGGCGUCUCCGGGACCUGGCACUGGUCGUCGUGGCGGCAGGUUGCGCAGCGGAGGCGGGUUUCCUGAGCCGGGGCCACCACAGGACGAGUGCCUCUCGCCGCUGCACAUGCUCGGAGAGGCGGCAGCUAGUGAGAGCAUGGGGGAACUGGUUGCCGAGCAACUUACCCAUCCCCCUGCGAAGCGGAAACGCCCCUCUAGCAUCACCGUCCCGGACCGCGGCGGUGGCCUGGGCGGUGUGGAAGGCAUCACGCCCAAGUCGCCCUAUGAGGACAGCCUGGCGGCGCUUCAUGAAAUCGCUACCAGCCCCUCCACCUUUGAGUUGACCUCUCAUCGCGAGUCGCAUCAGAAGGACCGCGACGGUGGGCGAGGAGCCUUGGCGGCCGGCGACGGUGCAGGCACGGGAGGCGGGAAGGGGGAGACAACUCCUGCCAUCUUGCUUCAAGCCUCUCCCGUCACUACAGCCAACGGCCAGCAGGCGAUGGUGCUGCGCCAGGCGCCAGUGCUCGUGACCCUCCCACCGGCCCUCGCAUCGCCAUCGGCGGCUGCUGUCGGUCAGCUCGACACGGCAGCAUUACUGCACGUUCAGCUGCCGGGCGGUGCGCCCUCGGAGCUGAUGCAGACCACGAUCAUCACUCCAACUGGGCAGCAAUUGACACCACUCCGGCCGCAUACGGGAGGCACUGGCCAAUCAGGGCGCGGUAACCUCAAGGUGGAUACUGGUCCUGCCUCAUCACGGCCGGUGGGCCGUCGCGUGAGCUUCUCUGGACAGGUGUCAGGGCCAGGCGGUGCUGUGAACGCUGCCGGCACAGUGCCGGCAGGCAAUACGCCGGGCGGCCAGACGUGGCCUCCUUGUCUAACACCCGCUCAGGUCGAACACGAGCUGACGGAGAUCACUCGGGUCCAGAAGGUGGUCGAACGGCUCGAAUCAAAGCUGGGCAACACGCAUCCCCAGGUGGGGAAGGCCUGGCUGUCAGUAGCGCGCAUGUACCAGCACCUUGCUGAGGCGCAGCGGAACAACGGCGAGAGCUGCGCUAGCAGCAAGGCUAAAUCCGUCGAGGCACUGAAGCGCGCACGGGCAGUGUGUCAGGCUGUCGCCGAGAGCUGCGGAACGACCCUGCAGUGCGAGGCAGCGUUUGAUUACCUAACCGCACGCAACGAGCUUGUCGGGGACGCCGACCUUGCAGUCGAGGCGGGGCCAAGCCCUGUGGAUGGUACCCGCCCAACAGGCGGCUCUGUUUCACCGCCUGCGGUUCUGGAUGGGGUCCAAGGGCAGGGUGCAGCAUUAGUCCUGCAGGCUAAAACCGUGGAUUUCUUUCCAGUCACACCCGAACUAGCGCUGCUUCUCGACUAA